AUGAACUUCUUCAUGAGGCUUGUGAUCUGCCAGCUGGCUCCACUCAAAUGUGAUCUGACCGAGCCCAAGACAGAAACUGCAUUCUUUGAACUUUAUUUCAAAGCUGUCCAAACGCAAUCGAAGAAGACUUUGGCUAAACCCAAUGUAAGAAAUAUCGUGGUGGUGGAGGGUGUCCGCAUUCCAUUUUUGCUGUCAGGCACAUCGUAUAAAGACCUGAUGCCACAUGAUUUGGCUAGAGCAGCACUUUUGGGGUUAUUGCAUCGAACCAAUGUUCCAAAGGACAUUGUUGAUUAUAUCAUCUUUGGCACGGUUAUUCAGGAAGUGAAAACAAGCAAUGUGGCUAGAGAGGCUGCCCUCGGAGCUGGCUUCUCUGACAAGACCCCUGCUCACACUGUCACCAUGGCUUGCAUCUCUUCCAACCAAGCCAUGACCACAGCUGUUGGCCUGAUUGCCUCUGGCCAGUGUGAUGUGGUUGUGGCUGGUGGUGUCGAGUUAAUGUCCGAUGUCCCCAUUCGUCAUUCAAGGAAAAUGAGGAAAAUGAUGCUCGAUCUCAAUAAAGCCAAGACAAUAGGCCAGCGACUGACUUUACUCUCUAAAUUCAGGUUGAAUUUUUUGACACCUGAGCUCCCUGCAGUGGCCGAGUUCUCUACCAGUGAGACCAUGGGCCACUCUGCAGACAGACUGGCUGCUGCCUUUGGUAUUUCUCGAAUGGAACAGGAUGAGUACGCAUUGCGCUCUCACAGUCUGGCCAAGAAGGCACAGGAUGAAGGACACCUUUCUGAUGUUGUACCCUUCAAAGUACCAGGGCCAUGCUAUGAUAGUAGAAGCUUAUCCAAAGUGAUCGGUCUAGAAGAGGAGACCUGGUUUCUGUGCAGCACUCACACUGGGCAAUGCCGUUUCAAUGCAUUACUAAGUGACACCUGUAGUUCCUAG